GCUGACAGCAGACUGGAGGAGCACCCGUGCUGGGGGCUGCCAACGCGGAGGUGCAACCAUGGUGCUGUCCGCUGCUGACAAGAACAACGUCAAGGGCAUCUUCUCCAAAAUCGGCAGCCAUGCUGAUGAGUAUGGCGCCGAGACCCUGGAGAGGAUGUUCACCACCUACCCCCCGACCAAGACCUACUUCCCCCACUUUGAUCUGUCACACGGCUCUGCUCAGAUCAAGGGGCACGGCAAGAAGGUAGUGGGUGCCCUGAUCGAGGCUGCCAACCAUAUUGAUGACAUCGCAGGCACUCUCUCCAAGCUCAGCGACCUCCAUGCCCAGAAGCUGCGCGUGGACCCUGUCAACUUCAAACUCCUGGGACAAUGCUUCCUGGUGGUGGUGGCCAUCCACCACCCUGCUGCCCUGACCCCAGAGGUCCAUGCUUCCCUGGACAAGUUCUUGUGCGCUGUGGGCAGCGUGCUGACUGCCAAGUACCGUUAAGACAGCGUGGCAGCUAGAGCUGGGGCCAACCCAUCGCCAGCCUUCCAACAGCGAGCAGCCAAAUGAGAUGAAAUAAAAUCUGUUGCAUUUGUGCUCCA